AUGUUGAUAUUAUUCAUAUUAGUGUUAAAACAAUUAGUGAUAAUCAAUAAGUGAUAAUAAUUUGAUGGUUUUGUCGAUAAUCACAAUCAAAACAAUCAAUUUGAUGGCAAAUCGCAAGAGAAAUAUAUCCUUUGCCCGACCAGAAGAGCCAGAGUUCAUCAAAAAACUUAAACAAAGAGCUGGUAUUGUCAAAGGACCCGAUGUCGACACAAAAAGAGAAGAGUUACCUAAAGUACAAUUUGAUGACUUGGAGGACAAGGAUGAAGAAAAACCUGUUGUUGUGGUUAUCAAGAAAGGAGAUCUGUCUGAGGAUGAAGUGAAACAAUUCAAUGAUAAACAACAAGCUAUUCAGGAACAAAAAGAUAUAAAUGACGGAAAAAUUGUGUUUAAAAAACCCGAUUUAAAUCUGUUGAAUGAGAAGAAUGCUAAAAGUGGUAAAAAAAUUACACAACAAGAGAGUCAAAUGAAAAGUAUUAAUAAUAAAAGUUUGCUAUCUUUUGAUGACAAUGAAGAUGAGGAAGAUUUUAGCGAUUAAGUCACCCAUUAAAUUCA